GCGGCGGCCACCUGAGAUCGUCGUCAGUGAGCCUCAAACCCUUGGGAACUGGGUGUGAGUGAGGCCUAGUGCGGCGGGGUGGGCGUGUGCCCGUAGUUUAGAGCGAGAGGCGGAGCCUGAGGGGUAUGGAGUCUUUGUCUUUGGUUGUUUUUCUCUUUUUUACCCUCAUCUGAUGAGGCUUCGAAGGACUAAGUCUGCUCUGGCAGGAAGGUCUUUGGAAACCUGUGACCCUGGAGACCCCUUGGCAGCAGGGGCUGGGUGCAGCGGAACGAAAGGCGGACGACCUCGGUUGCUGGAGGGGACUUGGACCCAUCUGUCCGUCUUCAUUACCUUCCCCCAGGCCUGGGACCCAGAUGUUGGCAAACUCAAGUUCUUCGGCUUCUUAGCGUCUUCUCUGGCCUAAGAUAGUGGCUGACUGGGAAAUCUCCGUGCCUCAGACUUGCUGACCUACAGAAUGCUUCAAUACCCAUAUUUUUGUAGAGUAUAUAAAAAUUUUUUAUCAUGCUCUAUGGGAUCAUGCAUCCUUAAUGUGGGUACCUGGCCAAAGGAAAUGCCUGCUGCAGCAAGAAAAUACACUGAACAUGAAGCCCAGCGGCAAAUGCCCCACCCUGGAGUGCAAGAUUUGCAUAAAUCUGGAGGCAGAGUUUCUGAAGCCAUGACUCAGUUACAUGUUCCAGUCAUGGUAGAUGAAGUUGUUCAUUGUUUGGCACCACAAAAAGGACAGAUUUUUCUAGACAUGACAUUUGGUUCAGGAGGUCACUCAAGAGCUAUUCUACAGGAGGAAUCAGAUAUUAUUCUGUAUGCCUUAGACAGAGAUCCAGCAGCUUAUGCAAUAGCCGAACAGCUUUCAGAAUUGUAUCCUAACCAGAUCCGACCUAUGCUAGGCCCGUUCAGCAAGGCAGAAGCCUUGUUAGUGAAGUCUGGUGUGCAGCCAGGGACUUUGGAUGGGGUUCUUUUGGAUCUUGGGUGUUCCUCCAUGCAACUUGAUGCUCCUGAAAGAGGUUUUUCCCUUCGGAAGGAUGGGCCCUUGGACAUGAGGAUGGAUGGUGGCAGGUACCCUGACAUGCCCACUGCUGCCGAUGUUGUGAACGCUUUAGAUCCACAGGCACUUGCUUCCAUCCUAAGGGCAUAUGGAGAAGAAAAGCAUGCCAAGAAAAUUGCUUCAGCAAUUGUUCAGGCCCGCAGCAUAUACCCUAUCACCAGAACUCAGCAGCUUGCCAGCAUUGUUGCAGGUGCCUUUCCUCCCUCUGCUGUUUAUGCAAGAAAAGACUUACUACAACGAUCUUCACAUAUUGCAACCAAGACUUUCCAGGCUCUUCGCAUAUUUGUGAACAAUGAGCUUGAUGAACUCUACACAGGGUUGAAGACAGCUCAGAAGUUUUUGAAAACUGGUGGUCGCCUUGUCACACUUUCCUUCCAUUCAUUAGAAGAUCGAAUUGUCAAACGGUUUUUGCUUGGAAUAAGCAUGACAGAAAGAUUUAACCUCAGUGUUCGGCAGAAGGUGGCACAAGCUGCACAGUCAGGGUCAGAUCAUGAAAGCAUGAUCUCUGUAAGAGCACCUUUAGCAUGGGAAUUAAUGCACAAGAAGGUACUUACUCCAGAAAAGCAGGAUAUUCAAGAGAACCCCAGAGGGCGCUCAGCUAAGCUUAGAGCAGCUAUCAAAUUAUGAUAAUCUCAUCAUCCUUUGAUCUUCAAAUUUCCUUUCAGCUCCUGUCAUAUUUUCAAAUGUGUUUAGGAACAACUUAAUGCAACUAAAGUAGAAAGCAGUCUAUAGAUUAAUGGUAUUUUACCAUUUUUUUUCUCAAAAGUAAAUGUAGGAAAUUUUAGUAUGACAGAAACUUCCACUCAGGGAGCAGCACAUUUCAAAACUGGGAAUGUGUCAUUAUCUUUGCAUCAUAUUUGACUUUCAAAAGGUAGACCUUUACUUAAUGAAGCAAUUGUAAAACUUAGUGUGCUGUGUUUGUAUAUGAAAACUCAAGCUGUCAAGCAAAACGAUAUUAUAAUGUCUGUAUGCACUAAAUUCCAGAUUAAAAGCAAGUUUUCUAUGGCUCAAAUAACUCAUAAUAAUCUUGGAACAAAUUUUAAUUUUCUCUGAUUGUGAAUAAUUAAUUGCUAUGGCUAUCUCAAAUAUAAUCUUUUUGAAAUUUUUAAUUUUCAAAUAUUUUAAAGUGCAUUGUACUGAUGAGUUUCAUUGUGGCAAUGCUGUUCAUUACAUUCUUCAGUAUGUUCUAUAGCUCAUGUGUUGUAAAAUAUAGAGAAUUUGUUGUACAGAACUUUCUUAA